CCAUCUUCCUGGGCUCGUUCCGUAUGCCCUAUGAGGAGAUCAAGAACGUCAUCCUGGAGAUCAACGAGAAGCUGCUCUCUGAGUCCAUGGUGCAGGUACAGACCAGAUUGUCUGUCUGUCUGUCUGUGUCUGAGCAUGCGUUAGAAAGUCAUUAUUUUCUAUAUAUGUGUGUAAGGUAAUGCAAAUGUAUGUUUUGUUUAGUCAAAUGUUGUGUUCAUCCUGUAUGUAAAUAAAUGUUCUCUCUGUGUGUGUAGAAUCUGAUCAAGCAGUUGCCGGAACAGGAGACGCUGAAUGUUCUGGGGGAGAUGAAGGAGGAGUAUGAAGACCUGGCGGAGGCCGAGCAGUUUGGAGUAGUGGUGAGAACACACACACACACACUAUUGUGUGACCUAACUACUGACAGCUGGGGAGAACCACAUGGCUGACUGGAAAAUGAAGCAUAAACAAAGCUCUGAUUGGCCUGAAUAAACUUCAGCAUUAAACCCUAUUGCGCCUACUCAAACACUACCAGGAAUAGGAUCCUGCCCAUCCCACUUUAAAGGAAACAUAAGCACUAAAACGAUGCUUCACAAACCAUCUAUAACGCACCCCUUGUGUGUGUGUCAUGGUCUCCCCUCUCCCCCCUCUGUCCCCCCUCUCCCCCCUCUGUCUCCUCUCUCUCCCCUCUGUCUCCUCUCUCUCCCCUCUUUGUUCCCUCUCCCCUCUUUGUCCCCUCUCCCCUCUUUUUCCCCUCUCCCCCCUCUUUUUCCCCCCCCGCCCCCCCCCCCCUCUUUUCCCCUCUCCCCCUCUUUCCCCCCCCUCUCCCCCCCCGGGGUUUUUCCCCCUUUCCCCCUCGCCCCCCCCCUCUUUUGCCCCUCCCCCUUCCCCCUCUCCCCUCUCUUCCCCUCUCCCCUUCUUCCCCUCUCCCCUCCCCUGUCCCCCCUUCCCCCCCUCUUUUCCCUCUCCCCCCUCUUUCCCCUCUCCCCUCUCUUUCCCCCCCCCUCUCUUCCCCCCUCCCCCCCCCCUCUUUCCCCUCUCCCCUCUUCCCCUCUUUUCCCCCUCCCUCCGCCCCUCUCCCCCUUUUCCCCUCUCCCCCUCUCUUCCCCUCUCCUCCCCCCCCCCUCUGUCACCUCUUCCCCUCUCUUCCCCUUCCCCCUCUCUGUCCCCUUUCCCCCUCCGUCCCCCUCCCCCUCUUGUCCCCUCUCCCCUCUCUGUCCCCUCUCCCCUCUCUGUCCCCUCUCCCCCCUCUGUCCCCUCCCCCUCUUUCCCCUCUCCCCUCUCGUCCCCCCCCCCUUCCCCCUCCCCCUCUCGUCCCUCUCCCCCUUCCUCUGUCCCCUCUCCCCCCUUUUCCCCUCUCCCCCCCUUUUGUCCCCCCCUUCCCCCCUCUUUCCCCCCUCCCCCUCUUCCCCUCCUCCCCCUCUUCCCCUCUUUCCCCCCCGUCCCCUCUUCCCCUCCCCCUUCCCCUCUCCCCCUCUGUCCCCCCCCCUUCCCCCUCUUUUCCCCCCUCCCCUCCCCCCUCUUCCCCCCCCCCCCCCCUUUCCCCUCUCCCCCCUCCCCCUCUCCCCUCCUGUCCCCUUUUCCCCUCUCCCCCCCCUUUUCCCCUUCCCCCUCCCCUUGUCCCCCCCCCCCCUCCUGCCCCCCUUUUUCCCCCCCUCUCCCCCUCCCCUUGUUCUCCUCCCCCGUCCCCCCCCCCUCGUCCCCUCCCCCCCUCUUUUCCCCCCUGGGCCCCCCCCCCCUUGUCCCCUUCCCCUUUGUUUUUUGCCCCCCUCCCCCCUUCCCCCCUCCCCCUUUUUCCCUCUUUUUUCCCCUUCCCCUUUUUUCCCUCUUCUCCCCUUUUUUGGGCUUUCUUUCCCCUCUUUCCCCUUCUUUCCCCCGCCCCCCCCCCGUUCCCCCCCUUUUUUCCCCUCCCCCCCUCUUUCCCCCCCCUCCUUUUCCCCCGGCCCCCCCCACCUUUUUUCAGUUUUCCCCCGUCCCCCCCUUCGCCCCUUUUAAAACCCCCUUCUCCCACCCCCAGGUCACGGGGGAAAACCUGCCCCGAGGCCCCUUUUUUUGGGGAUUUUGGGGGGUCCCAAAAGGGGGGGGGGGGGGGGGGGGGGGGGGGGGGGGGGGGGGGGGGGGGGAAAAAAAAAAAAAAAAAAAAAAAAAAAAAAAAAAAAAAAAAAAAAAAAACCCUUUUUUGGGGCCCCCAAAAGGACCCAAAAGGGGAGGGAAACCUUCCCUUUCCCCUUUCAAAAACCCCCCCCCGGGGACCCUCUCCCCCCUCCAGAUGUCGACGGUGAAGCGUCUGAAGCCUCGGCUGACGGCCAUCUUGUUCCGGCUGCAGUUUGAGGAGCAGCUGAACAACAUCAAGCCAGACGUGGUGUCUGUGACGGCGGCCUGCGAGGAGCUGAGGAAGAGCAGCACCUUCUCCCAGCUGCUGCAGAUCAUCCUGCUGGUGGGUAACUACAUGAACGCUGGCUCCCGCAACGCCAAGGCCUUCGGAUUCAGCAUCAGCUACCUCUGCAAGGUGAGAUAUAUACACACACACACACGUCAUGGCUCUACAGAGCUACCAUUGUACUCGCGUAUGCGCCUAAAUAUGUUGAUUGUUGCAAUGAUUACUUCACUGUACCGCGGCCCCUGAGUGCCAUGGAGAAUACACUGAGCGCUGAUUCAUGGCCGUCAUGCUUGCACCAUUACCACAAAGAAAUGUGUCAACUUAGGCACACAUGCUCCUUGUAAAAACGGUCCGCGUAAAGUGCUGCAUGUACAUAACCACGGUUUUAAAAAGGGGUGGCAAUAAGGGGUAUACUUUAGAAUCUGCCCUCUGUCCAAUCAGCUGCGGGACACCAAGACAGCUGACCUGAAGCAGACUCUCCUGCACUUCCUGGCUGAUGUGUGUCAGGAGCAGUACCCCGACGUCCUGACGUUCCCCGACGAGCUCAUUCACGUAGAGAAGGCCAGCCGAGGUAACCAUGGACUACACCUAACAACACCUACCCUCAGUACUCUCACACAGUUUCCUUUCCUUGUUUCCUCUCCUCAUCCUGUUUCCUUUCAUGAUACACUGCCCUGUCUCCUCUAACCCCUGUCCCAGUGUCAGCGGAGACCCUGCAGAAGAACCUGGAGCAGAUGGGCUGUGCGCUGAAGACUCUGGACAAAGACCUGGAGACCUUCCCUCCUCCACAGAGUGAUAGGGACAUGUUUGUAGAGAAAAUGACUAUAUCCUUUACUACUGCAAAUCACUGUCAAUCAAACUUCAUUCAAUCAUUUUAACCUCCUCCUAGUCCAAUCAAACUUAAUGUAAAGGGACGUUUCAAAGGAGCUCCACACAUCUUACGAUUUACGAUGGCGACAGGAAACAUCCUCUGAUGUAAUUUCCUGUAAGCCUUUCCAUGCUGAAUGUGUGUGACUGUUUAUGAAUGUGUGUUUGAGAGUGUAUGAAUGAGUGUGUAUGCUUAUGUGUGUUGGGCAUGGUGUGUAUAUCUCUGUGUUGGGCGUGGUGUGUAUAUCUCUGUUGGGCAUGGUGUGUAUAUCUCUGUUGGGCAUGGUGUGUAUAUCUCUGUUGGGCAUGGUGUGUAUAUCUCUGUUGGGCAUGGUGUGUAUAUCUCUGUUGGGCAUGGUGUGUAUAUCUCUGUGUUGGGGUGGUGUGUAUAUCUCUGGGUGGUGGGUAUAUCUCUGUGUUGGGCGUGGUGUGUAUAUCUCUGUGUUGGGGGUGGUGGGUAUAUCUCUGUGUUGGGCAUGGUGUGUAUAUCUCUGUGUUGGGGGUGGUGUGUAUAUCUCUGUGUUGGGGGGUGGUGUGUAUAUCUCUGUGUUGGGGGUGGUGUGUAUAUCUCUGUGUUGGGGGUGGUGUGUAUAUCUCUGUGUUGGGGGUGGUGUGUAUAUCUCUGGGUGGUAGGUAUAUCUCUGUGUGGGUGUGGUUGGGUGGGGUGGGUGUGUGUUUGGUGUGGUUUUGGUGUGGUGGUUUUGUGGUGGGGGGUGUUUGGUUGAUAUCUCUGUGUUGGGGGUGGUGUGUAUAUCUCUGGGUGGUAGGUAUAUCUCUGUGUGGUGGGGUGGUGUGUGUAUCUCUGUGUGUUGGGGUGGCGUGUAUAUCGCUGUGUUGGGCGUGGUGUGUAUAUCUCUGGGUGGUAGGUAUAUCUCUGUGUGUUGGGGUGGUGUGUGUAUCUCUGUGUGUUGGGGUGGUGUGUAUAUCUCUGUGUUGGGGGUGGUGUGUGUAUCUCUGUGUGUUGGGGUGGUGUGUAUAUCUCUGGGUGGUAGGUAUAUCUCUGUGUGGUGGGGUGGUGUGUGUAUCUCUGUGUGUUGGGGUGGUGUGUGUAUCUCUGUGUGUUGGGGUGGUGUGUAUAUCGCUGUGUUGGGGGUGGUGUGUAUAUCUCUGUGUUGCCAGGCUGUGUAUUUCUUAACUACGUUCCUCACAGCUUUGUGGCCAGUGCCAGAGAGCAACAUGAGAAGUUGGACAUGAUGCAUAAGAACAUGGAGAAGCAGUACUCUGACCUGGGGGAAUACUUUGUGUUCGACCCUCGCAAGAUUUCUGUCGAAGAGUUCUUCGGUGACCUCAACAACUUCAAGAACAUGUUCCAGGUGAGUUUGAGCGUUGGCAAAUGGCAGGUAGUGUCAGUUAGUAUUAGUAUCAGGUAGUAUCAGUUAGUAUUAGUAUCAGGUAGUACCAGAUAUAUCAUUUAGUAUUAGUAACAGGUAGUAGCAUGUAGUACCAGGUAUAUCAUUUAGUAUCAGGUAAUACCAGGAAGUGUCAGUUAGUAUUAGUACCAGGUAGUGUCAGAUAGUACCAGUUAGUAUUAGUAUCAGGUAGUACCAGUUAGUAUUAGUAUCAGUUAGUAUUAGUAUCAGGUAGUAUCAGUUACUAUUAGUGUCAGGUAGUAUCAGUUAGUACAAUGUAGCUCAGUUAGUAUUAGUGUCAGGGAGUACCAGGUAGUUCAGUUAGUACAAGGUAGUUCAGUUAGUACAAGGUAGUUCAGUUAGUAUCAGGUAGUUCAGUUAGUAUCAGGUAGUAUCAGUUAGUUCAGUUAGUAUCAGGUAGUUCAGGUAGUAUCAGAUAGUUCAGUUACUAUCAGGUAGUUCAGUUAGUAUCAGGUAGUUCAGUUAGUAUCCGGUAGUUCAGUUAGUAUCAGGUAGUAUCAGUUAGUAUCAGUUAGUUCCAUUUAGUAUCAGGUAGUUCAGUUAGUAUCAGGUAGUAUCAGGUAGUAUCAGUUAGUAUCAGGUAGUUCAGUUAGUAUCAGUUAGUAUCAGUUAGUAUCAGGUAGUUCAGUUAGUAUCAUUUACAUUACAUUUUACAUUUUAUUCAUUUAGCAGACGCUCUUAUCCAGAGAGACUUACAGGAGCAAUUAGUGUUAAGUGCCUUGCUCAAGGGCACAUCGACAGUCGGCUCGGGGAUUAGAACCAGCGACCUUUCGGUUACUUACACAACGCUCUUAACCACUAGUAUCAGGUAGUUCAGUUAGUAUCAGGUAGUUCAGUUAGUAUCAGGCCGAGGCAGUUCUAUUGUGUUUCUUCCAUUUGCGAAUAAUCGCACCAACUGUUGUCACCUUCUCACCAAGCUGCUUGGCGAUGGUCUUGUAGCCCAUUCCAGCCUUGUGUAGGUCUACAAUCUUGUCCCUGACAUCCUUGGAGAGCUCUUUGGUCUUGGCCAUGGUGGAGAGUUUGGAAUCUGAUUCAUUGAUUGCUUCUGUUCCCUUUAAGAGUGUGCUCCUAAUCUCAGCUGGUUACCUGUAUAAAAGACACCUGGGAGCCAGAAAUCUUUCUGAUUGAGAGGGGGUCAAAUACUUAUUUCCCUCAUUAAAAUGCAAAUGUUAUUCUGUCUCUCACUGUUCAAAUAAACCUACCAUUAAAAUUAUAGACUGAUCAUUUCUUUGUCAGUGGGCAAACGUACAAAAUCAGCAGGGGAUCAAAUACUUUUUUCCCUCACUGUAGUAUCAGGUUGUUCAGUUAGUAUCAGGUAGUAUCAGGUAGUUCAGUUAGUAUCAGGUAGUAUCAGGUAGUUCAUUUAGUAUCAGGUUGUUCCGUUAGUAUCAGGUAGAUCAGUUAGUAUCAGGUAGUUCAGGUUGUUCAGUUAGUAUCAGGUAGUUAAGUUACUAUCAGGUAGUUCAGUUAGUAUCAGGUAGUUCAGUUAGUAUCAGGUAGUUCAGGUUGUUCAGUUAGUAUCAGGUAGUUCAGGUUGUUCAGUUAGUAUCAGGUAGUUCAGUUAGUAUCAGGUAGUUCAGGUUGUUCAGUUAGUAUCAGGUAGUUCAGUUAGUAUCAGGUAGUAUCAGGUAGUUCAGGUUGUUCAGUUAGUAUCAGGUAGUUAAGUUACUAUCAGGUAGUUAAGUUACUAUCAGGUAGUUCAGUUAGUAUCAGGUAGUUCAGGUUGUUCAGUUAGUAUCAGGUAGUUCAUUUAGUAUCAGGUUGUUCCGUUAGUAUCAGGUAGAUCAGGUAGUUCAGGUUGUUCAGUUAGUAUCAGGUAGUUCAGUUAGUAUCAGGUAGUUCAGUUAGUAUCAGUAGUUUCAGGUUGUUCAGUUAGUAUCAGGUAGUUCAGUUUAGUAGUCAGGUAGGUUUAAGUUACUAUCAGGUAGUUCAGUUAGUAUCAGGUAGUUCAGGUUGUUCAGUUAGUAUCAAAGGUAAGUUAGUCAGUUAGUAUCAGAGGUAGUUCAGUUAGUAUCAGGUAGUUAGUUAUCAUCAGGUUAGUUCAGUUAGUAUCAGGUAGGGUUCAGGUUGUUCAGUUAGUAUCAGGUAGUUGCAGUUAGUAUCAGGUAGUUCAGGGGUUGUGUCAGUUAGUAUCAGGUAGUUAAGUUACUAUCAGAGUAGUUUCAGUUAGUAUCAGGUAGUUCAGUUAGUAUCAGGUAGUUCAGGUUGUUCAGUUAGUAUCAGGUAGUUCAGGUUGUUCAGUUAGUUUCAGGUUGUUCAGUUAGUAUCAGGUAGUUCAGGUUGUUCAGUUAGUAUCAGGUUGUUCAGUUAGUAUCAGGUAGUUCAGGUUGUUCAGUUAGUUUCAGGUUGUUCAGUUAGUAUCAGGUUAGUUCAGGUAGUUCAGUUAGUAGUAUCAGUGUAGUAGUUCAGGUUGUGUGUCAGUGUUAGGUAUCAGUAGUAGUUCAGUUAGUAGUCAGGUAGUUCAGUGGUAGUUCAGUUAGUAUCAGGUAGUUCAGUUAUAGUUAUCAGGUAGUUCAGGUUGUAUCAGGUAGGUAUCAGUUAGUAUCAGGUAGUUCAUGUUGUUCAGUUAGUAUCAGGUUGUUCAGUUAGUAUCAGGUAGUUCAGUUAGUAUCAGGUGUUCAGGUUUUGUUCAGGUUUUGUUCAGUUUAGUAGUUCAGUUAGUAGUCAGGUAGUUCAGUUAGUUCAGUUAGUAUCAGGUAGUUCAGGUGUUCAGUUAGUAUCAGUUAGUAUCAGGUUAGUUCAGUUAUUCGUAGUUCAGUUAGUAUCAGGUAGGUUCAGUUAGUAUCAGUAGUAUCAGGUUAGUUCAGUUAGUUCAGUGUCAGUCAGGUAGUUCAGUUAGUAUCAGUAGUCUUUCAGUUGUUCAGGUAGUAUCAGUUAGUAGCAGCAGGUGUAGGUUCAGUUAGUAUCAGGUAGUUAGUUAGUAUAGUGUUUCAGGUAUGUUCAGUUAGUAUCAGGGUAGUUCAGUUAGUAUCAGGUAGUUCAGUUUAGUAUCAGUAGUUCAGGUGUGUAAGUUAGUAGUAGUUAGUUAGUAUCAGUGUUAGUUAGUAUUCAGUUAGUAUCAGGUAGUUCAGUUAGUAUCAGGUAGUAUCAGGUUAGUUCAGUGUUAGUUAGUUAGUAUCAGGUAGUUAGUUAGUAUCAGGUAGUUAGUUAGUAUCAGUUAGUAUCAGGUAGUUCAGUUAGUAUCAGUUAGUAGUCAGGUAGUUCAGGUUAGUUCAGAGUUAGUUAUCGUAGUUAGUAUUCAGUGUAGUUCAGUUAGUAUCAGGUUAGUUCAGUUAGUAUCAGAUAGUUUCAGGUUGUUCAGUUAGUAUUUCAGUUUAGUAUACAGGUAGUUCAGUUAGUUCAGGUAGUUCAGUUAGUAUCAGGUAGUUUCAGUUAGUAUCAGGUAUCAGGUAGUUAGGUUGUUCAGUUAGUAUCAGUGGUUAGUUUCAUGUUAGUUAAUCAGGUUUAGUAGUUCAGGUUGUUUAGUAUAUCAGGUAGCAGUAUCAGUUAGUUAGUUAUUAGUUAGUUUCAGGUAGUUUCAAGUUAGUAUCAGGUAGUUCAGUUGUUCAGUAUCAGUUAGUAUCAGGUUCAGUGUUGUUCAGUUUAGUAUCAGUUUAGUUAUCAGGUAGUUCAGGUGUUCAGUUUCAGUUUAGUAUAUCAGGUAGUUCAGUAGUAUCAGUAGUGUAUAUGUUCAGUUAGGUAUCAGUUAGUAGCAGGUAGUUCAGUAGUAUCAAGGUGUAAGGUUCAGUUUAGUGUUCAGUUGUUAGUUUCAGUUAGUAUCAGGUGUAUGUUCAGGUUAGGUUAUCAGGUUAGUUUUUCAGUGUAGUAUCAGGUUAGUUCAGGUUGUUCAGUUAGUAUCAGGUGUAGUUAGUAUCAGGUUUGUUCAGUUAGUGUUCAGUUAGUUCAGUUCAGUAUCGUAGUUAGUAUAUCAGGUAGCAUUAUAUAGAGUUCAGGUAUUCAGUAGUAUCAGGUGUUCAGUUAGUAUCGUAGUCAGGUAGUUCAGUUAGUAUCAGGUAGUUAACUGUUAGUAUCAGGUAGUUCAGUAGUUCGAGUCGUUAGUUCAGUUAGUAUCAGUUAGUAUCAGUUAGUAUCAGUUAGUUCGAGGUGUUCAGUUAGUAUCAGGUAGUAUUAGUUAGUUUCAGGUUGUUCAGUUAGUAUCAGGUAUGUCAGUUAGUAUCAGGUUGUUCAGUUAGUUUCAGGUAGUUCAGUUAGUAUCAGGUAGUUCAGUUAGUAUCAGGUAGUUCAGGUAGUUCAGUUAGUAUCCGGUAGUUCAGUUAGUAUCAGGUAGUUCAGUAGUAUAGGUAUCAGGUGUUCAGUUAGUAUCAGGUAGUUCAGUUAGUAUCAGGUAGUUAGUUCAGGUAGUUCAGUUAGUAUCAGGUAGUUCAGUUAGUAUCAGGUAGUUCAGUUAGUAUCAGGUAGUUUCAGGUAGUUCAGUUAGUAUCAGGUAGUUCAGUUAGUAUCAGGUAGUUCAGUUAGUAUCAGGUAGUUCAGGUUAGUAUCAGUUUCAGGGUUUAGUUUAGGUAGUUCAGUAGUAUCAGGUAGUUCAGUAGUAUCAGGUAGUUCAGUUAGUAUCAGGUAGUUCAGUAGUAUCAGGUAGUUCAGUUAGUAUCAGUAGUAUCAGGUAGUUCAGGUGUUCAGUUGUUCAGGUAGUUCAGGUUAGUAUCAGAGUUCAGUGUACAGUAGUUAGUAGUAUCAGGUAGUUAGUUAGUAUCAGUUUCAGUAUAGUACAGUUGUUCAGUUAGUAUCAGGUGUUCAGUUAGUACAGGUGUUAGUUAAGUAUCAGAGUGUUCAGGAUAGUAUGUAUAGGUAGUUCUAUUAGUAUCAGGUAGUGUUCAGUGUCGUAGUUAGGUAGUUCAGUUAUGUUAGUGUUAGUAGUAUCAGUUCAUUAGUUCAGUGUUACAGUAUCUUCGUAGUGUAAUCAGUAGUAGUAGAUCAGUGUCGUAGUCGGUAGUUCGUUGUACAGGUGUUCGUGAUCGUAGUCAGUGUCAGGUUUCAGUUGUAUCAGGUAGUUCAGUUAGUAUCAGGUUGUUCAGUUAGUAUCAGGUAGUUCAGGUAGUUCAGUUAGUAUCAGGUAGUUCAGUUAGUAUCAGGUAGUUAAGUUAGUAUCAGGUAGUUAAGUUAGUAUCAGGUAGUUAAGUUAGUAUCAGGUAGUUAAGUUAGUAUCAGGUAGUUAAGUUAGUAUCAGGUAGUUAAGUUAGUAUCAGGUAGUUCAGUAGUAUCAGGUAGUUAAGUUAGUAUCAGGUAGUUAAGUUAGUAUCAGGUAGUUAAGUUAGUAUCAGGUAGUUAAGUUAGUAUCAGGUAGUAUCAGGUAGUUCAGGUAGUUCAGUUAGUAUCAGGUAGUUCAGGUAGUUCAGAUAGUAUCAGGUAGUUCAGUUAGUAUCAGGUAGUUCAGUUAGUAUCAGGUAGUAUCAGUUAGUAUCAGGUUGUUCAGUUAGUAUCAGGUUGUUCAGUUAGUAUCAGGUAGUAUCAGUUAGUAUCAGGUUGUUCAGUUAGUAUCAGGUAGUUCAGUUAGUAUCAGGUAGUAUCAGUUAGUAUCAGGUAGUAUCAGUUAGUAUCAGGUAGUUCAGUUAGUAUCAGGUAGUUCAGUUAGUAUCAGGUAGUAUCAGGUAGUUCAGUUAGUAUCCGGUAGUUCAGUUAGUAUCAGGUAGUUCAGUUAGUAUCAGGUAGUUCAGGUUGUUCAGUUAGUAUCAGGUAGUUCAGUUAGUAUCAGGUAGUUCAGUUAGUAUCAGUUAGUAUCAGUUCCGUCUGAGCCUACACAAACAGAGAGGAGGAAGGGAGAGAAGGGAACACAAGGGAGACUAGAGGAGAGGUUUACCCCCUGAGGCCUUCCACCUGUUGCUAGUGUUGACCUAGUGUUGACCUAGUGUUCAUAAUGGCAGAUGUGGUGUUUUUAUCUCAUUUGAACCGUUUAACUGUGACUGUGGUUUAUUAAGAAAAUACAUUGAUCCUACAUAUCCUGGCUUGUUUGGCUAGUUGUCUUGUUUUGCUGGUUGUCUUGUUUUGCUGGUUAUCUUGGCAGACGGCCAACUAUUGUUUCAGUCACACACACACACACUUUCUUGUACACACACACACACACACUCACUCACAAACACACACAUGCACACAUCCACUCACACACUGAUGUCCCUGUCUCUCUGUCCGUGUCCCGUCAGCAAGCGGUGAAGGAGAAUGCAAAGAGGAGGGAGUCGGAGGAGAAGAUGAAGAGAGCCAAGCUGGCCAAGGAGAAGGCUGACAGGGAGAAGGAGGAGAAACAGAAGAGAAGCCAACAACUGGACCUCAACGCAGGUCAGAGUGUCUGUGGGAGAGGAGUGGGUCAAUGUGUGUGUGUGUGGAUGGAAGGCUGUUUUGUGAAC